AUGCCGGCCAUGGGCAUGGCCUGGGUCGGGGAGCACGACAGCCCGCGGGGCGCGCCGCGGAACAAGGACGGGACGGUGUCGCAGCUCACGUACCGCUUCUCGGGCAAGCUGCGGAAGCGCUUCUACGAGGACGCGUCCCUCGAGUCCGUGCACCUGCGCAAGGCGCGGCGCCAGCGCGCGGUCGCCCAGACGGAGGCGAAGCUCGAGCGCGUGCUCGCGAGCAUGAAGUCCGAGGCGGCCUUCAUCGAGCGCAUGGAGCGGACGCUCGCGCGGGAGCAGGAGGCGGACAUCGGCGCGGCGUCGAUCGUCUUCGGCGCCGUCGUGCUGCAGAGCGCGUGGCGCACGCACAAGGCGCGGCUCCGGGUGCGGAACUUGCGGGAGACGCGGGCCCUGGGCAUCCUGAGCGUGAACCUCAAGUCCUACGUCAUCAAGCGGCGGAAGCACGCCGUCGCGACGAAAUACCAGAGCCGCGUCCGCGUCCACCUCGCCGCGCGAAUCGUCCGGCGCCUCUUCGCCAUGCGCACGUCGGCGCUGCUCCUCCAGGCCCAGUGGCGGGGCAUCCGGAGCCGCUCGGAGAUCCGCCACCUGCGCCUGGUGAACAUCGUCGCCGAGGGCUACGUGGAGCAGAUCUGCCUCUACGCGAUGGCGCGCUUGUACCAGCGGCGGAUCCUGCCGCAGAUCGCGUCGGGCGUCAUCCAGCGCAAGUGGCACCGCUACCGCGCGCGGCGCGACGCCCUGGAGGCGCGGGCGAAGAAGUCGCGGGGGUCCGCGGCCAUGCGGUCGCGCGCGUACCAGUCCAUCCAGCGGGACUCCGGCGCGGCCGGCGGCGCGAACGUCUGGGAGCGGCACCGCGCGUCCAUGGCCCAGUCCAUGGCGAACCUGGCGAAGACGGACGCGGAGCAGCGCGAGAAGGCGCGCAAGACGCUCAAGUCGCCCGGGUCGUCGGCGCUCAUGCAGCGGACGGCCAUCCAGUCGCUGACGUUCGUGCGCCGCGCGUCGCAGGCGUCGAACAAGCCCGGGUCGCCGAACACGAUCCAGAGCUCGCUCUACAACUUCGCGUCGCCCGACGCGCCGAAGCGCGACGGCUCCGACGCCACGGGCUCCGAGCCCUCCAGCCCGGACCCCGGCUCCAAGGGCGACGCGCUCCGCGAGUCCGGCCGGAAGCGCGCGCGCGCGAAGCCGCGGCUCGACACGGGCCAGGGCGGCGCCGCGCGCGGCGCGCCGUCGCCCAAGGGCGCGGGCCCGUCCACGCCGGGCCGCAAGUCGAAGCGCGACGCGCCCGCGGAGUCCGCGCGCGGCUCCGCGCGCGCCGCGGCCAAGAAGGCCGACGACCGCGGCCCGCCCCCGCCCGCCAAGGCCCCGGCGAAGAAGCCCGACGCCGCCGACGAGCCGCCGCCGGCCGUCAAGCCGCGGAAGCGCAAGACGUCCAUCUUCCAGGCGCCGCUCGUCGCCGGCGGCAUGCUCAGCAUGCUCCAGGCCGGCGCCGGCGGCGCGCGCGCGGCCGCGCCCGUCGACGCGCCGAUCAUCGACAUGACGCCCAUCACGGCGAGCGACCUCAUCCUCACGCCGGCGACCGGCGAGGCGGCGAACUACGCGCCGCCGCCGCCGCCCUUCAUCUCCGCGGAGUUCUUCGACCUGCUGAACCCCGAGGAGAUCGAGUCGCUCGAGAUGAUGCGGAAGCAGAAGCUCGCGGAGAGCCGCGAGGAGACGCUGCGGUCCGAGGGGUCCAAGGUCAUGAUGACGCGCACCAUGGCGCGGCGGCCGAGCAACGUCGGCGCCGCCGGGCCGGGCCUCGACAAGGACGGUCUGGACAAGCAGAAGAGCUUCCGCAACGACCGCCUCGUGUCGCUGCGCAAGGCGUCGCUCCACGCGCUCAACUUCAGCGGCCGCGGCGGCUUGCGGCCCGGCGGCGGGCGGCGCAUGUCGGCGUCGGGCCUCAGCCUGAGCGAGGGCGGCGCCGGCGGCGGCGCGCCGAAGGCGUCCGCGCCGCCGAGACGGGCGUCCGUGACCGUCGACCAGCUCAAAAAUUUGGAAAAGACGUCCGCGGGGAAUUUGGCCGACUCCAUCAUGAACAGCGGCCGGAGCCGGCGCAGCACCAUCGCCGAGGGCACGGCCAAGGCCUUCGGGAACCUCACGGCCGUCGGCGAAGCCGCGCGGAAUUCCCGGGGCAGCCGCUCGUCCGUGUCGUCUUCUUCCUCCUCCUCCUCGUCGUCCGACGACGACGACGACGACGACGCCAAGGACGGUGCUCCGGGCCAGCCCGAGGCCAAGGAGGCCGAGAAGCCCAAGGCGUCCGCGCCGCCGCCGUACGCCGCGCGCCGUUUCACGCGGCAGCUCGACGCGAAGCAGCUCGCGCCGGCGAAGCUCAAGGAGGCGCCCGCCGCCGAGGCCGUGGCUCCCGCGCCCGCCGCCGCCGAGGCCCGGGAGGCGCCGCCGCCGACGAGCGUCGCGGCGGCCGCGGUGCCGCCUCUGACGCCGCGCGCGCCCGAGGCGCGGCCGCGGCCGAGCUCCGGCGGCGCGCCGCCCCGGCGGCCGCCGCCGCCCGUCAAGACGUCGCCGAAGCACAUGAGCCAGUCCCUCGGCAUCGCCGACACGCCGCCGCCGUCGAAAGUGGUCCCCGCGGAGCCGGACUCGCCGACGCCGUCCGUGGCGACGCACGCGUCCGUCGGCUCGGCAAACACGGUCGCGACGGCGCUCACGGCCGUGACCCACGCGUCGGCCGCGACCAAGGCCGCGCCGCCGCCCGACGAGCUGCUGGCGACGUCCGUCGAGUCGGACGCGGCGACCGCGGCCGCGCCGGCGGCCGCGCCCGCGCCCGCGGCUCGCGCCGCCGGCGACGACGACGACGACGACUACGGCGACGAGGGCUUCGAGGAGGACUACGGGGAUGACGAGUUCGAGGACUAA